AUGACUGUGUCAGCAAGGAGAAGCACACGUCAGCCCCAGACGACCACUGCUUGGAUCGGAUCCUUGAGCGUGGGCACCGCACUGGGCUACACGUCAUCGGCCUUUCCCAGCAUGGCAAAGCUGGACAGCGGGGUCUUCCUGAAUGAAGACCAACAGACCUGGUUCGGAGCACUCCUGACACUGGGUGCUUUGAUUGCUAGCCCAGUGGCCGGAUUAUUAGCGGAUGCAACGGGAAGACGGGGAACGAUGGUUAUAUCCGCAGCAGGAUCGCUCUUAGGGUGGUUGACGAUCGCCGUGGCAGGUAGAAGGACGGUGCUCUACGCCGGAAGGAUCGUCACGGGUUUCAGUGUGGGAAUGACGUCGUUAGUCGUUCCUAUGUACGUCAGCGAGGUGAGUGUUGCACGUACCCGUGGAGUACUGGGCGCUGCAGUGCAACUCUCUACCACAAUCGGUAUUGUAAGUGUUUAUGCGUGUGGCAAGAUUUGCGAAUGGAGACUGCUGUCAGUAACAUGUAUGAUUCCGCCGUCGUUGAUGGUCAUACUUCUUUGGUUCGUCCCGGAGUCUCCUCGAUGGCUACUCGUGAAAGGGAAGCGGAAUAAGGCUUUGCAUGCUGCGAGAUUCCUCUACGGAGAAAGCCAGGAUACAGAGACUCUGAGCGAUGCAGUAGAAGAGAGUGUGUCCACUGAAGCCUUCAGAGUGAGGGAACUGAAACUUCCAUCGGUGUGGAGGCCUCUUCUGCUCAGCGUCUUUCUGAUGGUAUCGCAGCAGUUGUCCGGAAUCAAUUGCGUUAUGUUUUACGCUGUGAAAAUAUUCCGCGACGCCCAACCAGCUAGUGAUCCAAUGAACUCUAUUAUUGGCGUUGGUGCAGUACAGGUCGGCGCUACGCUAUUCGGCACUCUGGUCAUGGACAAACUUGGGCGACGAAAGCUCUUGCUGACGUCCGUCGCCUUGCUGGCAGCGAGUUUGUGCUCUUUGGGGACCUUCUUCUACGUAAAAGAAACCCAGGGCAGCAAUUUCCUAAGUGAUGUUACUUGGUUCCCUUUAGCCAGCCUCGCAAUCUUUAUCGUUGCCUUUUCGCUGGGUAUGGGCCCCGUACCAUGGCUCAUGGUUUCUGAGUUGCUAUCACAACGGAUAAAAGGAUUCGCAACAAGUGUGUCCACGUGCUUCAACUGGGGCACAGCCUUCAUCAUCACCAAGGUAUUUAACGACAUGCGAAGCCUGCUCGGUUCAUACGGAACCUACCGGUUCUUUUCUGUGGCAAUGGUAAUAUGUCUCGUCAUUGUCACCAUAUACCUACCGGAAACAAAGGGGAGGACGCUAGAAGACAUUCAGCGGAGCUUUCGCGAUGAAGAACAACGGGGAACAGCUGGACGGUCACCUGCAAAUGAAGCCGUGCUACAAGUCCUUGACGGUGCACUCUAUGGGCCUCCGCUGCCGGAAGUUGUCAAGCAUAUGCCACAGAUGACGCAACGGGUAUCGAAGGAGAGCGUUCACUGA